UAUAGCUUGAAAGAAGAAAGAAAGAACUACCUGUAUUCAAGAUUAUCCAGUAAAGCUGAACAUUUUCGCAAUGCUCAUUUGUGAUUUUAUUCACUGUUACCUUCCCUACCCUUGAGAAAAUAUUUUAACAAGUGGCGACAGUAAAAGGACAGCGGUUUAGUUGAAAACACAUAGUUUCUUCAUGUAGUAUGAACUGAAGUAGAAGAAAAGACGAGCGAAGGUUCACAAAUAAAGCCAGUUCUGAGAAUUUUACUCCACGACGUAAAUAUCCCCAAAUGAUAACUGCAAAAUGACUGACGCAGAUGGUUCAAGUGAACCAGUUAUCCUGGCUACAGCAGGCUAUGAUCAUGCCAUUAAGUUUUGGCAAGCACACAGCGGAAUAUGUCACCGCACAGUCCAGCAUCCUGAUUCUCAAGUCAAUGCCAUGCAGAUUACUCCAGACAGGCAGUUAUUGGCAGCUGCAGGAUAUCAACAUAUACGUAUGUAUGACAUCAAUUCAAAUAAUCCAAGUCCGGUUGUGAAUUAUGACGGUGUGUCAAAAAAUGUGACUGCUGUUGGAUUUCACGAGGAUGGUAAAUGGAUGUUCACUGGUGGCGAGGACUGCUCAGCCAGAAUAUGGGACUUACGGUCCCAUAAUUUACAGUGUCAAAGAGUUUUCCAAGUUAAUGCACCUGUAAACUGUGUUUGCCUCCAUCCUAAUCAGGGUGAGCUCAUUGUUGGUGAUCAGAGUGGUGCAAUACAUAUGUGGGAUCUGAAGACAGAUCACAAUGAACAGUUGAUUCCAGAAUCAGAUGCUUCAAUCCUGUCCAUUAGUAUUGACAGAGAAGCAUCCUACAUGGCAGCUGUCAAUAAUCAGGGUAACUGUUAUGUAUGGAGCUUAACUGGUGGUACCAAAGAUGAUCCAACUAUGCUACACCCCAGGACAAAAAUCCCUAGGGCACAUAAAAGAGCAGCCCUUAAAUGCCUUUUUAGUCCAGACUCAUGCUUCUUAGCCACAACAUCUGCAGACACAACAGUUAAUAUAUGGCAGACAGCCGACUUCUCUCUUAAAAAGACUCUGAAAGAAGCUAAUCAACGAUGGGUGUGGGAUUGUGCCUUCUCAGAAGACUCGCAGUAUCUUAUCACAGCGUCAUCUGACAACAUGGCACGCCUUUGGAAUCUGGAGCAGGGGGAGGUCAUCUGUGAAUACAGUGGACAUCAAAAAGCUGUAGUAGCUCUGGCAUUUAGAGAUGCACAUGCCGUGUAGUCAAAAAUCAAAUAAAAUGCCUUAUCAUUCUUACUACAAAAGUCAAAGGCAGCAGUAAGUCAAAGACAGAGGAGUAUGAUUAUGAGAACAUCUUUAUUGGACAAUGGAUGAUUUCCUCAAUACCAUGUUGUGUCUUUGGUACACUGUUCAUAAUUAUUUUAGUCGUAACCAUAGCCGCUUUAGCAAGAAGAUAGCGUGGUUCCCAGUAUGCUAGCAUACAAGAUGGCUUAGACUGGGACAAUAUCCUAAUUUUUGUUUUCACUCAGCUUGUAU